AUGUCUCCUAACCAAAGUCAGUUUAUCAACGAGACUUCUGUUUUCAAGGUUAGGAAGAAUUUGACCGUGGAUGGAAUAGAGUUUUACAUAACUGACACUUUUGGUAAGGGACUGUUCGAAUCCUGCAAGGAUGUAAAAUUUGGUACGAUGAAUACUCGAGCCGUUGAUUUUGUUGAUGGUGGUGCUAAAAAUUUCAGAGAGUGGUAUGCAUUUAUUGGUACAAAAGCAGGUCUUGAUGUGCUAGGAUCACCAUAUUCUAUCAAUUUUUUGCCUGCUGCUAAUGAGUCAUCAGGUAUGAGACCUAUGAAUGUGUCUACGUAUUCAUGUGGUGACACUUCAUUAGGCUGUUCAUGUGGUGAUUGUUCUUCGUCCCCAAUCUGCUCAAACUCAGCUCCUCCCCCUCAUCAGAAACAUUCUUGUUCAGUGAGGAUCGGGUCUUUGAAGGCAAAAUGUAUUGAAGUUGCUAUGGCUAUAUUGUACAUAAUAUUGGUCUCUCUGUUUCUCGGGUGGGGUUUUUUCCACCGGAAAAGAGAAAGAAGUCCUGCUUCUAGGCAUGUAAACAGUAAAAAAGACAAGAAUACCCCUAUUCAGGUGCUUGGGGAUGCCCCUCAAACUGCUAAUCGUGUUCAACUCUCUAUCGUGCAAGAAUACAUGUCAAAGUUUUUCAGGAGAUAUGGAUCGUGGGUUGCUAGAAAUCCAACCCCGUAUUGUUUUUGUCAUUGGCUAUUGUUCUUAUGCUUUGCAUUGCUAAUUAUAGCAACAAUUCCAGCCUCUGUGAAUGGAAAAGCACCAAGCAUUGUGACAGAAAGCAAUAUCAAAUUACUAUUUGAUAUCCAAAAAAAGGUGGAUGGCAUCAGAGCUAAUUAUUUUGGUACAAUGGUAUCUCUAACUGACAUUUGCAUGAAACCACUUGGCAAGGAUUGUGCUACGCAGAGUGUUCUUCAGGCUUUAGCUAACAGAGCUUAG